AUGGCUGGUUAUUUAUGUUCGGUCGUAGAUCAUUUGAGAAAGGCCUGUUCACUCCCACGGCCCCUUGCUAUUGAUAAAAACGAGUCUGCACCUUUUCGACGAGACAGCAACAGUCCGCAGGAAUAUCAGACCGAUUUGGAGGUGAUUCUGGAAUUUCUUGAGGAGCAUUACAGACAGGAAUCUCGAAGAAAAGCCCUAUGGAACAUGAGGGACCUCUCUGUCAUGUCAACCAGUGAAGAUGUGGACAUAUCUGGAGAGAAGCUACCUGCUGCAGAACAUUUCAACAAUGCAUUAGAACAAGAAAAGUCCCAGCUGCAGCCUGCUGCACCUUCAUCGGCCCUUCACAAUGCACCCAAUGGGCAAGUGUUAAAUGCCCCAAACGGACCAGAGAGACCUUUAACUCUGAAUACAACACCUGAAAAGUGUGCCGAAUCAUUGCCCAGCAUUACACCUGCAGAGAAAGGGAAAAAGCUACGUCUUUUCCACUUCCUGUUUGAGAUGCUGGAGGACCCAGGCAUGGCCCACUGCGUGUCCUGGGUGUCGGCUUCAGUAGGUGUCUUCUGCUUUUCUGCCAGGCACAAGGAGCGCGUGGCAGAGCUAUGGGGCCAAAGGAAGGGCAACCGAAUGCCCAUGACCUACCAGAAAAUGUCCCGUGCCCUGCGAAAUUACGCCCACUCGGGGGAGAUCAUUAAAGUGAAAAAGAAGCUGACUUAUCAGUUUAGUGUUGCUACCCUCUCUACUUUACAGAGCCAACAUGGUAUAAAGAAAGCAGCAUGUGGAUUGAAAUGA